AUGAAAGGUUUGCCGGUCAGUCGGUCACAUUUGUGGUUCGCUUUCACAGCAUUUUUCCUGCUGUCUGAUAACAUAGCGCCAGUGGAAUCCCAUCAUAUUUUGGGUCUAUUCGUCAAUGUUCAUCGGUCCCAGUUAAUGGUCCAUUUGGCAGUAUGUCGAGCUCUGUCACAGAAGGGUCACCACUUAACUUUGGUCACCACAUUGCCGUUGGAGGAGCAGGAAUUGCGGGGAAAUGUGUCACACAUUUUGAUUCCAUGGAAGCAGCCAGAAGAGGAGCAGAGAGGGUCUUCCUCGGACCUAAUUUGGCGCUUGGAACGGAUGUUUAAGCGGCUGGAACGUUCUGGAGAUUUGCUCGAUCUGCCAGAGUGGAAGAAAUUCCUAAAAAAUGCACCCAAUAUUCCCUAUGGUCUCCUACUAUUGGGCUAUCAUUUCAACGAUCAUCUGUUGGGAGUGGCUGCUCAUUUUAACUGCCCAGUGGCCAUAAUUUCCACCCAACAGCCCACUGGAUUUGUGAACAGCCUCAUGGGCAAUCCCGAAGAGCGAUGGUAUGUCCCACAACCGUAUGAUGGACACCAGAGAAGUGGAAUCUCAGCCUGGAUCUUUGGAGUUUGGGAGAAGCUUAUGGAAGUAUUGGCGAGGAGAGUUCUAGCAAGGAUUUACAGCGUACAUUUUCCCGAACCUCGUUAUCCUAGCUUUGAAACCAUGCGCCAAUCGGUUGCUUUGGCCCUAAAUAAUCAUCACAUGAUCAGCGAGGGGCCUAUAGCUCCACUAUUACCAAAUAUGGUGGAUAUAGGAGGUAUUGUCUUGGAACAGAAAUCAGUUGACACCUCAUUGGAAAUAUCAACAAGCAAUCGAUCGAUAAUUAUCUUUAGUUUGGGAACUCGUUUCACUUGGCGGAAAUCUACUCAGAAACUGCUGGAGACUUUUACAAAAGCUUUUGCUCACUUUGCGGACUAUGACAUUUACUGGACUUACGAUGGACCAAAUCGGAGUGCUAUCAGUCUUGAUAAUCCUCAUUUAAAAGUCGCCAAAUGGUGGCCCCAAAGUCAGUUAUUGGCCAGUGGAAAAGUUCGAUUGUGUAUCACUCAUGGUGGAAAAGGCAGUCUAUCGGAGGCUCUAUACUAUGGAGUGCCCAUGCUGGGACUACCUUUGAUAGGCGAUCAACGAGGAAAUCUUCAGAGGAUGCAAUCCAAAAAUUGGGGCCUUACAUUGUCUACUCAUAACCUCACUCAUUUCGAACUAGCCAAAACAAUGGAUAGAAUACUUAGAUCUCCAAGUUAUGCUGAAUCCAUAUCCAUAGCCUCCCAAAUUUAUCGAGAUCGUCCAAUGAAGUCUAGCAAUUUGGCCAAUUAUUGGAUCGAGUACAUCAUUCGUCACAAAGGAGCCAGAAAUUUAUGCAAUCCCGCCAGGCAACUAAAUGUCAUCGAAUAUUAUGCCAUCGAUGUUUAUGUGAUCAUCUAUGGGGUCUUAAUUCUAACCAUAACCAUACUCAGAAAAAUAAAUCGCUUGUUGUGA